UAAAGCCCGUUUCAGUGAUUUCCUUCCUUUCCUAUAAAAUAUUUGUUUAUAUUUCCUUUCAAAAGUGAGGUUAGAAAUUUAAUAUAAAAAAUGUCAAAAGUACAGUAAAAUUUCAUAAAAUCUAAAAAAUAUUUAAUUCGCAAAAACUCAUUAAAAAUAGUGUAAAAAUCGGUUUUAAAAAGGAAGUGUAAAAGAAUAAAUGGAAGAAUUCGAAGACGAUUCUCGUGGUGGUUUUUCCAAAUCAGAAAUACCAUCACCAAAAUUAAAGAAAACAUUAAUUGCCGAAUCGGAUUUUUAUGGUGAAACAAAAAUCAAAUCACUACGAACAACUUAUACGUGGUCAUUGAAAAAUUUCGAAUCUCUUGUUAAAAUAAAAAAUCACAUUGACACCACAUCAUUUAUAUUAAAUGACGAUUCAAAUGUCCAAUGUUUUUUAAGUGCAAAUUUCAAUGAAUGGAUGUCAAUUUAUCUCACAUUCAAUACAAAAGUACCGCCGACUCACAAUUAUGAAAUUACCAUUCAUACAAUCAAUGAAAAUAUGACGAGUUCAUUUCACGAAGUUGCCUACGCGCGUAAUAUUAUCAAAGGCGAUAAGGUGUGUUUCAAAAAAUUUCUCCUCGUCGACAAGGAGGAAUCGAGUAAUUUCCUCGUGAGUGGAAAUUUAUUUCUUUUGUGCGAAAUCUCAAGAAUGGAUUCAACAUUUAUUUGUCGUAAUAAUGUUAUUGAAUGUCUGGAAAAUGAUAUUGCCGACGAUAUGGCAAUAAUUCUUCGCAAUAAUCUUUUAACUGACGUUACACUCACAGUGAUGGGUAAAGAAUAUCGAGCGCACAAAUGUAUUUUAGCGGCAAGAUCGCCGGUAUUUUUGGCAAUGUUUCAAAUUAAUAUGCUCGAAAAUAUGGAGAGUGAAAUUAUUAUUGAGGACACUGAUAAUGAGUGCGUGGAGAAAAUGUUGCAGUUCAUUUAUUCGGAUAAAGUCGAUAAUAUUGAGAAGGAUACGGAGAAAUUAUUGGAACUCUCGGAUAAAUAUGAUAUUAAGGGAUUAAAAUUAUUGUGCGCACAGGAAUUAUGUAAAAAUAUUGAUGUUGACACUGCCCUCGAUGUUCUUGUUUGGUCGGAUAAAUGUAAUUCACCCGAAUUGAGAGAACGUGCUUUUAAUUUUAUUCGCAAUCAUAUGAAAAGUAUUCUCGAAUCAGAGGCCUACAAUAAUUUUGUUCAGAAUCAUUCGAAUUUACUCAAGGAACUAUUCGCUCAUAUCUCGACGCCAAAAAUGAAGAAAAUAAAAUUGGAAAUUUAAGUUUUUUUUUUUG